AUGGACGGCGAAGAGAUUUUCGGUCACCACAAUGGCGGAGUCAACGCUCCCGCGAAGAAAUCGACUUCGAAGAAAAAGAAGCAAUUGGAAGGAUCGGCUGAUCGGAUCGGAUCUGAUCAAACGGGAAUACCGAAGAAGAAAAGCAAGAAGAAUGUUGCACACGAAGUCCAACGUUCGAAAAUCGCGUCACACACUGCUGACUCGGCUCCAGGAAAACUGGAAGCCCUGAAGAAGAAGAGUAAGAAGGCAAAGCAGCAGGAAUCCCAUGAUAUGAGGACAAUGGCGAAGGAACUGGAAGCUGAAAAAUCUUUGACUGCCGAGCUGCGUAAUGAACUGGAGAAAAUUCGCAAGGAGAAAGAGCAACUUGAAACUCUAGCCAGGCCAACAUCUACGUCUACCAACGAGGUGCAAAACCAGAUUUUGGGUGUGGUAGACUCGAUGCAACUAGCUGGUAUCGUCGAUGAAGCAACGCAAUUUAUGAUCUUCAAGGUCAAGGCAGGCAUUCGGCUGUUGGACAUAUACAAGAACACCAAAUCUGAUGAUAGUUCGCCGGAUGCCGUAUUGCUGCCGUUUUCGAAUGCGAUGCACCGGCUGAAAACCUACUUUAGCUCUGGUUCGGAUGUAAUGCUGCAACGGCGAAAACUGGCUCUCUUGUUCCAGAAGCAAGGGGAAUCGGACUCAGCUUACAUAACCAAGGUGGGAGCCAUAGCCCGAAUGUGUGAAUACAGUUCGGAUGGGGAAUCAGAAGCAAUACUGAGUACCGUUUCAACCCAUGCAAGAUGUAAGGAGGUUCGGACUGCUGCCCUCAAAUUGUUGCAUCGCAAAGGGUCGUUCACCGAAUUGAUUGAUAAAGUGCGAGAGAUUGAGUGCAUCCAACUCAGUGAACAGUUCUUCAAGGAAAGACACGAGCCAGAGGAACAGGUAACUAUCGCGCCCGUCAGCGCUGAUUUUCCGUUGACUGGUCAACAGUUCCGUGGACAAAACUACGGACGCUUUGGCUUCCGUCACCGUGGUUAUUCGAGGCGUCCCUACAAUCGUUCCGGAAAUCAUCGGUAUCUAGGAAAGCAGAGACCGGCUCAGCAGGCAUGCUGGAGAUGUACUAGUAGUACCCACGAACCAUCUUAUUGCCACGCCGUUGAUAAAGUGUGCCGGACCUGCGGACAGAAGGGUCACAUUCGAGUCGCUUGUAGGGCAAAUGUUCAAACAGGAACCAAACGAGAGAUUGAGUACGAUGUUUCCACGCCGGAGGAACCCGUUCGGAAAAUUGCUGCUAUUCACAACCAAGGCAACGAAGACGUACCUGAAGAGAAAGUUUUCUCUCACGCGGUGAGUGCGGCAGUUCCAACGGGUGCACAAAACUUGGACGAUGGAAUCGUUGAGGCAACCGUCGCCGACAUGCCGUGUCAAUUCCUGAUUGAUUCGGGUGCCCACGUCAAUACGUUCACGGAAUCUCAGUACCACAAAAUGAUUAUGGAUCCGAAGUAUCGUGAGGGAGUUUUCAACCUACAGCAGAAAUCAGACCGCUCUCUAAGAGCAUACGCUACUGCGGGAGAGAUAGAGGUUUUGGCCACGUUCGAGGCCUACUUGUUCAUAUCCGAAGACAGGCCCGUGUAUCUGGAGAAAUUCUAUGUGGUGCGAGAGCUUAGGUCCCUCCUGAGCAGGACAACGGCGACAAGAUACAGUGUGCUUAUGCUGGGGAUCAAGGUUCCGGUAACGACUGCGGACGAUUCUACUAUAUCGUUUCUCUCAGGCGAAAUCGCAGCGAUCAAUACGAAUGAGGCCUUCCCCAAAUUCAAUAUUCCGCCGGUGAAGAUUUCAUAUGACAGAUCAAGACUACCCUGCAGGAACAUCUAUCUGAGCAUUCCGCAGGCAGUAAAACCAUUAGUCGACGAACGCCUGCAGCAGCUUGUGAAUGCCAAUAUUAUCGAGAAGGUGACGGAUGCAAUGGACACUUCGUUCUGUUCAUCUAUGAUCGUAGUACCGAAAGGUAAACACGAUAUCCGACUCGUAAUUGACCUGAGAGGACCGAACAAGUAUAUUUACCGAACCCCAUUCAGCAUGCCGACGUUGGAAAGUAUAGUUGCAGAUUUAAACGGCGCAACGUGGUUUUCCACGAUUGAUUUGAAAAAUGCGUUUUUUCAUGUCGAACUUGACGUUGAAUCACGACACUUGACGAAUUUUUUCACGGAGUUCGGGAUGUUCCGCUGCGUACGGCUACCAUUCGGGUUGUGCAAUGCACCUGACGUAUUUCAAGAGGUACUGCAACGGAGAAUACUCGGUGGAUGCAAGGGAAUCAAGGUCUACCUCGAUGACGUGCUAGUUCAUGGAAAAACUAAGGAGGAACAUGAUGCCAACCUUUCUGAAGCACUUGCACGUUUGAAGGAGCAUAACGUGAUGUUGAAUGAAGCAAAAUGUGUCUUUGGUACCCAAUCAGCACAAUUCCUGGGAUUCGUUCUUACCCCUGAAGGGUGGAAAAUUGAUGAGGAAAAGCUAACCGCCAUUAAAAGCUUCAGAACCCCUGAAAACUGCGCUGAGGUUAAAAGUUUCCUCGGCCUGGUAACAUUUAUCGAUCGGUUUAUCAUAAACAGAGCGGAUAAAACGGAACACUUGAGAGCAUUAGCGAAUUCCGACCAUUUUUACUGGACGGAACGAGAAGAACAAGAAUUCCACCAUCUGCAAGCUGAUUCUCUGAAUGUGAUCAAAACACUCGGAUACUACAGCACAACGGACGCGACAGAAUUGUACGUGGAUGCAUCGCCUAUUGGACUGGGUGCGGUGCUGGUGCAGUUUAGUACGGCUGGUGUGCCAAGAGUGAUAGCAUGUGCCUCCAAAUCCUUGACCCCCACUGAAAAGAAGUAUCCGCAUGCCCACAAAGAAGCACUGGCAGUUGUCUGGGGCGUAGAACGCUUUGCAUCAUACCUGAUAAGCAGACAUUUCAUCAUCAGAACCGACGCGGAGGCAAAUGAGUUCAUAUUUGGAUCAAAUCAUCGAGUUGGUAAGCGAGCCUUGGCACGAGCAGAUGCAUGGGCUCUUCGAUUACAGCCCUACGACUUCGAGAUGCGAAGAGUUCCGGGUCAAUUAAACAUAGCUGACGCACUCUCCAGGCUUUUGGAUCAUUCUCAAGAAGCUGUGGCGUUCGAAGAUGAAGAUGAAGACCACUUUUUGUUUGCACUCGAUACAGGUUCAUUAAACAUUACUUGGGAAGAAAUCGAAAGCUGUUCCGAAAACGACAACGAAAUGCAGCUGUUGAGUGCCGCUUUGCACCUUGAUCAAUGGCCACCUGAGCUGCGCAAGUAUGAAGUGCAAAGGAAACACUUACAUUCGCUGGGAUUCUUGAUUUUCAAGGAAAAUCGGGUAAUAUUGCCGGUUUCACUUCGGAAACGCGUUAUGCAAAUGGCACAUGAAGGCCACAUGGGCGAAGUAGCGAUGAAGCGUAUAAUGAGGGAAUACUUCUGGUGGCCGAGAAUGGCUACUGAAGUUGAGCGUUUCGUCAAAGAGUUUGAAAUGAAACACAUGGAUGCCGACAGCACGAACAAAGCGCUCUGUGAGGUGUUUAAAGUAUGGGGUUUUCCGUUGAUCCUCCAGAGCGACAACGGGCCACCAUUCCAAGGUGCGCAGUUCGUGAAGUUCUGGGAGGAUAAGGGUGUGAAAGUGCGCAAGUCCGUCCCCUUAAGCCCUCAGUCCAACGGAGCAGUGGAACGGCAAAAUCAAGGUGUUACGAAGGCACUUGCAGCUUCCAAGAUCGAUGGCACUAAUUGGAGGCAGGCACUACAUCUCUACACAUACAACCACAACAACUUCGUACCACACUCGAGGCUUUUGGUUACCCCAUUUGAAUUAAUAUGUGGGUGGAAGUUUCGUGGACACUUUCCAUGCCUGUGGGAAACAGUUCGUAAGCAGCUGGAUCUAGUCGAUAUUCGUGAGAGGGAUGCAGAAACGAAACUGGUGAGCAAAACGAACGCGGACUCAUCCCGUGGGGCCAAAGAAUCGGACAUUAAAAUAGGCGAUACCGUGCUCCUAGCCCAGCAACAAAAGUCGAAAACAGAUCCGUUAUUUGCCCAGGAACGGUUCAAAGUUGUCGCGCGCUGGGGCCCGAAGGUUGUUGUUAUGAGCGGACGCGGCGUCCAGUAUGCUCGAAAUGUACAGGAUGUGAAAAAGGCGCCCCCGAUUAUGGACCAUUCAGCGGAGGACGAGAACUAUCCGGCACUAAUAGUUCCUUCGGAGGAUCCAGAAGAAACAAUCCAUCCGGCUCCCACAGGCAUCGUGCUCGUGGGCUUUGUGGACGAUAUCGUCUUAUCAGUAACAGGCGAGUCACCGGAGGAGGUAGAAAUGCUGGCGGCAGAAUCGAUCGGUAUCAUCGAAAACUGGAUGAAUGGAGUCAAGCUGAAGCUGGCCCACCACAAAACGGAAGUGCUAUUGGUGAGCAACUGCACGGCAGUGCAGCAAGUGGAAAUCUCCGUCGGAUAA